AGCAGCAGCAGCAGCAGCAGCAAACUCUCUCCUCUCUUUUCCUCAUCUUUCUGUAGUUGUUCCCUGCUCAGAGGAUAAAAGCCCAGGAAGUAGGAGGGAAGUGGUUCAGGGCUGAAAGCUGCCAUCAAAAACAAAACCCUAAACGCAGACCUGGCUGCCCCCAUGCCUAUCGAAUUUGUUUGCAAAAUCAAAUUUGCAGAGGAGGAUGAGAAGCAGAAAAACAAGCAGGAUGGGGACAAGGAAAGCCUGAUCGAGGAGAGCUGCACACCUCCGGUUAAGGACUUGGCUGGGUUUGCCAACUCCAGCUCUCUCCAUGGGAUUAAUCACAUCUUUGUCUCUGGUCGCCUGGGCAUCCGGCAGACUCUCUGGGCUCUCGCCUUUUUGACUUCCCUGGCGCUUUUUCUAUACCACGCAGCCAAGUGUGCCAUCUCUUACCUGGAGCACCCUCACAUCACAUCUCUGAAUGAAGAAGCGACCCCGGAGAUGGUUUUCCCCGCCGUGACCAUCUGCAACAUCAACCGCUUCCGCUUCUCCGCACUCUCUGACGCCGACAUCUACCACCUGGCUAACUUGACGGGGCUGCCCCCUAAAAACAAGGAUGGCCACAAACCCCAUGAUUUAAUGUAUCCUGCCCCUGACAUGCAGGACAUCUUCAACAGGACAGGACAUCAGUUAGAUGAGAUGCUCAAGAGCUGCAACUUCAGUGGACAGAACUGCUCUGCGGAGGACUUCUCUGUGGUGUACACCAGAUAUGGGAAAUGCUACACUUUUAAUGGCAACAGGACGACAUCCAGGAAAAGCAAGCAGGGUGGAAUGGGAAAUGGGUUGGAGAUCAUGUUGGAUAUCCAGCAGGAUGAGUAUCUGCCCAUCUGGAGAGAAACAAACGAGACGUCCCUGGAGGCCGGCAUCCGGGUCCAGAUCCACAGUCAGGACGAGCCCCCCUACAUCCACCAGCUGGGCUUUGGCGUCUCUCCGGGCUUCCAGACCUUUGUUUCAUGUCAGGAGCAGAGGCUGACCUACCUGCCCCAACCCUGGGGGAACUGCCGCUCCACCAGCAAAGAGAAGUUCCCGGGAUACGACACGUACAGCAUCAGCGCCUGCCGCCUGCUCUGCGAGACCAACGAGGUGCUGAGCGUGUGCGGCUGCAGGAUGGUGCACAUGCCCGGAACUGCUGAUAUCUGCCCUCCCAGUAAAAUCAACUGUGUUGACAAAGCACUCGCACAGCUACAGAAGAACACUGGGGAUACAUGUCCAUGCGAGACGCCUUGUAAUCUCACGCGCUACGGUAAAGAGCUCUCCAUGGUCAAAAUCCCCAGCAAAGGCUCUGCUCGCUAUCUCUCCAGGAAAUACGACAAGUCAGAGGACUACAUCAGAGACAACUUCUUGGUCUUAGAUAUCUUCUUUGAAGCUCUGAACUAUGAAACAAUUGAGCAAAAGAAAGCCUACGAUGUUGCGGGUUUAUUAGGGGACAUUGGUGGACAGAUGGGUUUAUUCAUUGGAGCCAGCAUCCUGUCAAUCCUAGAAAUACUGGAUUAUGUCUAUGAGGUGAUCAAGCAACGGCUACAACGUCUGCUGAGGCCGCAGAAAGAGCAGAAGAAGAGCAAGCAGCAGCCCAGCACUGUUGCAACAGUGGGCCUUGAGGAGAUGAAAGCAAAGCAGGAGCCCAAUGACAUGACACGGAGUCACCCAGAGGGGGCGUACGCCAACACCAUCCUCCCCAACCACCACCAUCCGCACCCUCACCACCAUCGCCCCGGACACCACGGGGUGUUUGAGGACUUCGCCUGCUAGAGCCAACCGACGUCCCCUGUCCUGGUGACACCAAAAGAUAAAAGCUGUCUGUGUUCAGAUCAAUUACAGAGCCUUGGCGUUUGCGUCGCUCCUUUGCUGUCACCAGUGAAAAGCUACAGCCAAAGUCGAACACUAAACUCGUGCUGCUAACAAAGCACUUGUACGUACAGUAUUUAGGCACAAAUUGGACACCGCUUUUCAUUUUUCUCUCUGGACCCCUCUCAUCUUCGUCCAGCUUCACGCGAACAUGUCUUUGUGUUUUCAGGACUGGUGUUCGGUACAUGAUCACAAAGAACGACAGGAGGGACCGCAUGUCAACUUGAUCCAGUUUAUACUCCGAUUACUUAUUUAUCAAGCUCAGAUUUAUUUAGUUUGUAUCCUCUCCUCGAUCCAUUCCUUCAUGGAAAACACUCUGUACCAUGACAUGUCGUUACACAUUAUGUAAUUAUUUAAAGAGAUACUAUUAUCUACUGUAUAUGUUCUAUAUUGUAUACAAGAUGAGAAUACUUACAGUAAUCUCACUCAUGCUACAUCCAUCAGAGAUACAAGGGAGGUUAUUUAGGCUAUACUGUAUGACCUUGGCUUAGAAGAUCUAGCAGCAUCUUUGAUAAACUGUCUGCUCUGUGGUUAAGGUGUUAGAGAGUAGCAUUGUACCUGUACAUACAACUUUAAAAGGAGAAAGUUAUA